AUGGGACCCGGUGCUUGGGUUGCUAAUCCUCAUAUCAAUCGAUACAAACAAGAAUUUAUUGAACCAUUUAUGGCAAAAUAUGUUUGGUCAAUGGAACUUCCUAAUGACAAAACAUUUGGUUUGCCAUCAUUUUAUUACAUUGAACCUCCUCUUCUUCACACAGAACAAUUCAAUUGUGAUGAUAAUUAUGAAACUAACAUUAAUAAAUGUGCUGCUGAUGGAUCUCAAAUUUGUCAAGUUAUUAAAGAUUUUGGUAGAAGAAAUAUCAAUGGAAAACUCAGAUGUACUGUCAAUUGGAAUGGCAAAGGAUCACAGAUUUCUUACUUAUUCUAUGGUGCUGGAAGAGAUUUCAAAUUAAAAUCUUUAUUUGACGCUUUGAGUAAAUACAAUUAUAGUGGAGUUUCAUUAGAUUCUAUCUCAUCUCUUUAUGCAUAUUAUAAUACAGAUAUGCCAACUGAUUUGUGUCCAUUUAGUUUAUUAGAUGAUAAGAAUUUUGAUCGUGAAUUCCUUAUUUUACCAUUCUUUAAUGUUUUUAAAAAUCUUUCAAAGUAUGCUCCAAAUGGUUAUAUGUUAAAUUCAAUGAUUGUUUUCCCUCAAUUUACAAAAUGGGCUGUAACAGCUGGUUAUGAAAUUAGUAUGAAAACUAUUUAUGGCAUGCCAAAGGGAGAAUCUCAGCAUUUUUGGCAAAAUAGAUUUGCACUUGGAUCUCGUCCAAAUUCUCAUUUAGAUUCAAGUUCUGGAUGGGAUAAGUUUGAAGAAUACUUUAGUUAUUGUUCAAUUGUUUGA